AUGAUGUCGGAAGGCUUAGAAUAUGAAACCAUUGUGCAGAAUGGACCAAGAAAAGUGACAAUGACCACUGGACUGGACAGGGACACGAUACGGGCCGCCUACGAAGACGUACGCUCAGACACAACACCGACUGAGUGGGCGGUGUUCAAAUUCGACGGUGCCCGCAUUGUGUGCUCGGCGCGCGGCUCCGACUUCACGGAGUUCCGCACCCAGUUCUCUGAUGACGACCGUGCCUUCGGAUAUCUCAGGCUGCAAAUGGGCGACGAGAUGUCUAAACGCAAGAAGUUCUUGUUCGUGACGUGGGUGGGGCCGAACGUGUCCGUCAUCAACCGAGCCAAGAUGUCCACCGACAAAGCCAUCAUCAAAGACAUCAUCUCUAAUUUUGCAGUGGAGUUACAAUUGGAAAAUCAAUCCGAAAUAGACAUCGAUCAAUUCAAGGACGCUCUGAAUAGGGCGGGAGGAGCAAACUAUGGUACAGGGGUCAGGGAUUUAUGA